AGUAAACAUGUGUUCUCUCUCUCUAAUUUCAAAAUAUGGUUGGGAUGGGGGGCGCGAUGUUUCAGAGAUCUAUUCCACACGACGACGACGUAGAAGACCAGAUUCUUCUAUUCUUUCCUUCUCUAAUACUUACAACUGAACACAGCUUCCACUAUGGUCUCGAAAGAGAGUUGUCGCAACGAGAUCCGUGCGGCUAUUCGACAGCUUAGUGACCGUUGUCUAUACUCGGCCGCUAAAUGGGCAGGAGAGCAGCUUGUGGGGAUAGAGCAAGACUCAUCUAACUUUACACCUUCCAAUACGAGGUUCCAGCGAGGAAGCUCUAGCAUCCGGAGAAGGUUCAGCACCAAUGAAUCCAUUUCAACACCACAACCUUCCGUUGGCUUCUCUCAACCACCAGCUACUCCUCUACCCCAAGAAGACGAAGUGAUUGAUGGUGACCUUUACCUUUUAGCCAAGUCCUACUUCGAUUGUCGAGAGUACAGGCGGGCUUCACAUGUCCUUCGUGAUCAGAUGAGCAAGAAAUCUGUUUUCUUGCGUUGCUAUGCCCUUUAUCUGGCUGGAGAGAAAAGAAAAGAGGAAGAAAUGGUAGGACUUGAAGGCCCCUUGGGCAAGAGUGAUGCCAUAAACCGUGAGCUGGUAUCUUUGGAGAGGGAACUGUCAGCCCUGAAGAGGACUGGAGCGAUUGAUUCUUUUGGAUUAUACUUGUAUGGUGUGGUUCUUAAAGAAAAAGGGAAUGAAAGUCUUGCCCGUGCCAGCCUCGUGGAGUCUGUGAACAGCUAUCCAUGGAACUGGAGUGCCUGGUCUGAGCUUCAGUCUCUGUGUACGUCGAUCGAAAUCUUGAACAGCCUUAAUCUGAACAAUCACUGGAUGAAGGAGUUUUUUCUAGGCAGUGCUUAUCAAGAACUCAGAAUGCACAGUGAGUCCUUGGCCAAGUACGAAUACCUGCAAGGCAUUUUCAGUUUCAGCAAUUACAUCCAAGCUCAAACUGCAAAAGCUCAGUAUAGCCUUAGGGAGUUUGACCAGGUUGAAAUCAUGUUCGAAGACCUUCUGAGAAAUGACCCCUAUCGUGUGGAAGAUAUGGACUUGUAUUCCAAUGUUCUGUAUGCAAAAGAGGCAUGCGCUGCACUGAGUUACCUUGCACACAAGGUGUUUUUGACUGAUAAAUACAGACCUGAGUCUUGCUGCAUCGUUGGCAAUUACUACAGUUUAAAGGGGCAGCAUGAGAAAGCAGUAAUGUACUUCCGAAGAGCUUUGAAGCUGAACAAGAAGUACUUGUCUGCGUGGACUCUUAUGGGCCAUGAAUACGUUGAGAUGAAGAACACUUCUGCUGCCAUUGAUGCAUAUCGAAGAGCUGUUGAUGUAAACCCUUGUGAUUACCGAGCUUGGUAUGGGUUAGGACAAGCGUAUGAGAUGAUGGGGAUGCCUUUCUAUGCGCUCCACUAUUUCCGCAAAUCCAUAUUCUUUCUUCCGAACGAUUCUAGGUUGUGGAUAGCGAUGGCUAAAUGUUAUCAGAGCGAACAGCUUCACAUGCUAGAAGAAGCCAUCAAGUGUUACAAAAGAGCUGUGAACUGUGGUGACACGGAAGGAAUAGCUCUUAACCAGCUGGCGAAGCUUCACCAGAAGCUUGGACGUAAUGAAGAAGCUGCAUUUUACUUCGAGAAGGAUUUAGAGAGAAUGGAUGCUGAAGGAUUAGAAGGACCUAACAUGUUUGAGGCUUUGGUUUUCCUUGCUACACAUUUGAAGACCAACAAGAAGUUUGACGAAGCAGAAGUGUAUUGCACUCGUCUUCUCGAUUACAGUGGCCCUGAGAAAGAAAAGGCAAAGAGCUUACUGAGAGGGAUCAGAAUGGCGCAAACAGGUUUUCCUUCGAUGGAUAUGGAGCAUUUUCCUCUUUAGUUUGUAUUGUACCCAAUAACCAAAAGCUGUUUGAGAGAGAGAGAAUGUAUUCCAUCAGGUACGCUUUGAAUUUGUUAUCUUUGUACACCAUUGGAUAAAUAAGCUGUGGAGUAAAUGAUUGAUGAAAGUGGAUUUGUAUCACAAAGAA